GCUUAUCGUUCGUUGAAUCCGCAAAAACACACGGAAUAGCCGUCGGAAUAUGUCAAGAUUACGUUUUCCCCUUCUGCUGCUGACUUUUACGUUGGGCGCCAUUCACUGUGACUUGGCAAUGGAUCCAACCACCUGUGACUUUGAUAUGGAAGAUAUAGAACAACUGCUCGUACAUUUACCGGCCGUGUGUACGGGCAUCUAUAAACGACGUAAUGAGGAACCCCAGCUCUAUGCCUCCUAUUUGGCGGAAUCGAAAGCAUUUGCAAAAUUCCAAAAAAAGUUAAACGAUUAUGAAUUGCGCUCGGAGAAUAUUCAGGAAAUGGAGGUGUAUCCCUUUGAGAAGGAUCUGAGAAUGGAUAUCUAUGAUAGGGCUAAUUUCACUGAGUGUUCGUCGCUUUUGAAUGGGGAAAUUGGGAAUUUUUUGAAAUGCCUGAAUGUUAAACAUGACGAAAUGGAGCAACUGAUACCACUACCAGUUGCUGGGUCUUCGUCAUCAUCAUCGUCGCCUGCUGCUGCUGUCAAUUCGCUAUGAGAGACAGGGCCUAAAUCGGAGUACAUUGUUAUCAGUGCAAUAGUACUGCUGGUUUUCAAAUAAAAAAACUCAUAAAUGUUGUAAAAUAAAAUACAAAUUUUGAUAUGGCCAUCAUUGCAGGGAUGGGAAGGGUUAUAACAACCUGCCAGUCUUAUUCAUAUGUGGAAUAAAAAACUUUAGAUUUUUUUUUUUUUUUUUUUUUGAUAAACAUGUUUAAUGAAAUUCUUAUUUACACAUUUUUUCUUCCAAAUUAAAUAAAUUGUUUGUUUAAUAAUCUGUUAUAUUUCAAAUACAUAUGCCAUUGCAAAAUAAAUAAGUUUAAAAUUCAAAUAUUUUCACUAAGUUCGUUAUGCUAUAAAAUUGGGUAGUUUUGCAUUUUUUUUCUUUUCUAAGAAAAAAAAAUAAAUAAAAAUAAAAAUUUCAUAAAACUCCCUUGUCAAUGAUUUCGUAGAUGUGUUGCUAUAAUUUUGAAAAUUUUUGAUUAUUACAAAUUACAUUUCCAUAUAAUAAAUAUAUUUAUAAAUAUAUGAAUGUUUUUUCUUUAUAU